CGAUUGAGUCAUCACAUUAGCAUCGCUUUGGACGCCUGAAUGAUCAACAGUAGAAACUUUGUAAACAUUUUCUGUGUUUUAUUUGAGUUUUCGAGUAAUGGGUAAAUCCAGGAAUGGUAAAAUUGCAACGGGAUUGUCAAUUGCUGCUUUCUUUUUCGUGACAAUCUCAUUUUUUACGCCGAACUGGCUUGUAACAGAUGGACAACUAAAGAAUCCAAAGUUCGAGAAAAUCGGACUUUGGGUAGUAUGUUUCAAAGGCUUCCAAGAUGCAAGACAUUGGUAUGAUACUGAGUUCUGUCACUGCUGGUGGGUUUUUGAAGAAGAAUUCUACAUUAUCUUUGACAUUCUUUUACCUGGUUUCUAUGUGGCUACUCAGUUCUUCUUCUCACUGACAUUCCUGGGUCUGUUCUUCACAUGCAUCUGCAUACUGUUCUAUCUCUGCAGUAGUAGGCACAAUGACCACUUCAUUACGCUGCUAAUUGUUAUGGGAGUGACGUCGGGUGCAUCAGCUCUAACGGGCUCCUUAGCCCUCUUAAUCUUCGGCUACAACGGAGACGCCCGCGUGUGGAUGCCCAACUGGGAGCACAACGACAUCGGCUACAGCUAUGCGCUGGGAGUGCUCGGAGUCAUCUGCGCCUAUCUGGCUGGAGGGCUGUUUCUGGUGGAGGCCAGGGCACACAAGUUCAAGCGGCAGCGGGCCAUGGGCGGCGGGAGGGCAGGGGGACAUCAGUAUGAGGACGAGUAUGGCAUGGAGCAGAGAGGGGUGCAUGGCAAGAGUGAGCAUACUGAGAUAUAAAGGGUUUGAAGUAGGUUUGAAAAAUAUCUAUAGGUUUAAAUGCAGGGUAUCCCAAGAAAAUAGUAACAGCCGAGGGCAAUUGAUUCUACAUGAAAUUUGCAACAAACUAUGUCCAGUAAAAUUUUAUUUUAUCGACCUUAGUUUUCCAGUUUCAGUUGUGCGUUUAGAAUAUUAAGUUUGUUUUUUGGUCCUGCAAAAUUAUUUCUUUAAUAUGUGAAUAUUUUCUAUUUUAGUGAUAGUAAUGUGAGAUAUUUCUUCUAUGUUUGGUUUUGAAGCAUCUAAAUUUGAAAAUUUAUAUUGUGAGAAUAAUUAACGACUGAAAAUUUUGUGAAGAGGAUUGAAACCCAAGUUUAUAGUUAUAAAACUAAAAUUGUGAGGUUUAGGGAGGUCUUAAUCUGAUUUAUACUAAGAUCUUGAUACUUGAAAUGUAUUAUAGAGAUGUUCACUUGAUGUUUAGAGUUUUGACAUAUCAAAGAAAGAGGUUUGAAUCUAUUCUUUAUAGAGGCUCAUCCAACUUUUUAAUAUUUGAAAUAAAACUAUUGCCUUGAAUAAGUGACUAUGCCGCCUUAUAUUAGUCCUCUAGUUUCUGCCUUAUAUUCAAUGUAUAUCCUCUAUUAUUAUAUUUAAAGAACUGUUAUCUUUUAUCACUAAAACUGUUGCCUUAUGUCACUGAAACUCUUUCCUUGAAAGUGAAAAUACCGUCCAAUAUUAGUCCUCUAGUUUCUGCCUUAUAUGAUUGCUAGAUUUAUUAAUCAAUGUACAAAUAUUUACAAUAAGAGUUACAAAAUAAUUUAUCUUGAGAUCUGUGCUUUUCAAUGCGGCCUUAUAUUACUAUUUUUAUAAUUAGAGUUAGAUAUAGUAAAUACCCAAUGUCCAAUGAAUUACUGUUCUGCUAAGAAGUAAGAGAUUUCUAUUCGUUCUUAUGGAAGUGUUCACACAUUUGUUGGCUGCUUGUAUGUGAAUACUCCCAUACAAACAAUCAUAUUCUCUUUUUGCCUAGCAGAGUAGAAAUUCAUUAGAAGUAGGCUCUAGCAUUCCAAUAUCAUAAAGACAUAACUACACUGUAAGCAAAGGAUUGAUAUAUUAUCUGAAGAUGUUAUAUUAUCUAUCCUAGUUGUUGCUAUGAAAUAUAACAAAAAAUACAUUUCCAUAGAAUGUAAUCAUCCAAUGUAAGACGCGCACAAAGCUAUGUGUGAAGGAGUAACUUUAUAUCACUAAACUAUUAGGUACUAUCAACUAUUUAUUGACUUAUAUAUUACUGAAACUAUUGCCUUGAAUACAUGAACAUAAAUAAGUGGCUAAUCACGCCAUAAAAUGUAUCUUCAAUUGAACAUUGACUUUUUCUAUUUUAUCAAUAAUAUUUCAUUGUAGUAGGUUUUAUUGGAAUUUGAGUCACUUUUGAGUCAUGAGAAAUUUUCAACAUUAUUUCAUAAAUAUUAUUUUCAUUAUAGUUGAGUUAUCAUCAUUUUUAUAGUUACAGCAACUCAUUUAUUCUCAUAUAGCAUAGGUUAUCAAAUAUAUAUUAUUUAUAGUUGAACUAGUUUUGUGUAAGCACAAAAUUAAUUUUUGUUCUAGUUAUUUCACUGUGUGUUCUCAUGCUUCAUUUAGUUGAAGUUUAAUAUUAUUUUAGCUUUUUUGUUGAGUAAUAAUAUUAUCGUUUUUUCUAAUAUGUAUUUGUGGAAUAAUGUAAUGUGUUUCAUUUAUGUAGUGAUAUAUUGUUUUAUUGUUGAUGUAAUGAUUCUACAAAAUUUAAGUUUAAAUACUGUAAUGAUUUUCAAAACUUUUUAUCAUUGGAUUAUUGGUGUAAAACAGUAUUUAGUGUUUUCAUUUAUUUAAAAGCAGUAUUUUCCACAGGUAUUGAAAUUUAUCUUUGUAGCCUACUUUUAAUAUACUUAUUUUACAGUUUUUAAAAUUAGAAUUUUCUCAAUUUUAUUCCGUCCAAUCUGUAAUGAAUUCAUCUCCAGUAUUGAGUUAUUACUAUUUUUAUAGAUCACCGUAUGUUUAAAUAUAUUUAUAAAGUUAUAUACGUCAAUUAUUAAUUAUAAUAGAAAUGUUACAAGUUGAUUCAUUCUUAAAAGAGAACAUUAUUGUAUAGUUGUGGCACUCUUAGAAUAUUAAUUAUGUUGAGAUAUUUUUGUAAAAAUAAAAUUUAAUGAAAUAAACCAAGCUUUUAAUA